AUGACCAGCGUCAUGGAUUUCCAAGGCUCUGACUCCAGCAAUAUGAUUCCAUACUAUGGUGCCUUUCACCUGCAACAGUCCAGCUUGCCGCUGCCAUUCCCGCCCCAAACACGCUAUCCGUCCCGAGAUGAAGUCGCUGGCGGAACAUCGCCCAAAGCAAUCAACCUGGCCGACAUUCCUCGCACGGCGGCCGAUCUGAUGCUGAAGACAUAUAUUGGAACUCUUCUAGUACGACACCCUUGCGUCGAAGAGCAGGAACUACUGGAUAGCUAUGCCAACUGCUUCGACUCGCCCCAAAGAGCCUCCUGCUACGAUAUAUUCAUCGUUUGUAUGGCCUUGGCCAUUAGUGCUGCGACCCUCACCUGGCGAAAUGAAUACCACGCGCUUUCUGCGUCGGCCGGGUUUUUCGCAAAGGCCAAGGAGAUGUUGAGCCAUCCGGCCACGUUCGACUCGGAGAUCCGACAGAUCCAGGUGGCACUCUUACUGACUCAUUACUCGUUUAUGAAUCCAACCGCGGUCGAUGUAUGGUAUUGCAUAGGAGACGCUUCUCGACGCUGUAUCAGCCUGGGCCUUCACAAAGAGGCUGGCCCAGAAAUGGGGCUUGAUGAGCGAGAGCUGAAUACCCGCCGGCGAUUGUUCUGGACCACGUGUGGGCUUGAAAGAACCGUUUGCUCUCAACUCCGAUUGCCUUUUGUCUUGGACGAGUCGGACAUCACAACCCAGAUGUACCAUCCCCAUCCCCAGCCCCGGCGAGGUGAUAGAGACGAUUCCGGGCAUCGAAUGUCGGGAAAAGGCCCCGACGGGCCAGAAUCCAAUCACUUAUGGGCAUUCCGCCUGCUCGAGACGGAGGUGUUCAGCAUGACAUGGGUCCAUACGCGACAGCCACAGCCACACCGCAAGCCGACGCCGAACUCGACCCAAUUUGAAGAAUGGGAGCAUUCGUUCCAAGCCCGAAUGGAGGAAUGGUGUUCGUAUGCGCGGCGAAUCGAACAGCAGCAAAAGGCCUCGUUCGGGUCGGAAAACGUAUUCGACUUGAGCAAUCUUGGGCGAAACCUUCUGCAGGGCCGGUUGCAUCGACCAUCGCCUCGAGUCAAGUAUCCGUCACAGGAGUCGCGGCUCAAGUACAUCAAAGCCGCGAUCGGCAUCGUCGACCACUAUACGAGAUACCGCUCUCAACAACGAUUCAUCUACCCGUGGUUUGCCGCCCACACUCUGUUCGAGAUCGCCAUUGUCACGCUCGAUACAGCCUGGCUCGGCAGCGACUGGCUGUCACAGUACAUGGACCUUCAGCAGAUCAUCGACUGCAUCAACGAUUUCCCUCGGCUUCUCCGCCAAGUCGCAUUGCUCUGGCCGGCGGUCAGGGUUUGUGCCGAUACUGUCGCCAUCCUCGCCGAACCCGUCCUCCGUCGUCUGCAUGCUAUUUGUCGAUAUGGGGAGCCGCCGCCCAGGGACGACGUGACGUCCAACAUCCUGGCCGGCUAUCUCUUUCCAGACUCGGCGCUGGCGGCAGAGCAACGAACCGUCGGCCCUGAUUUCGACCACAUCGACGUCUUGGGAAUGGGGGAUCUCCCCUUGAACAUGCCGGGCAUGGACAUGGAGGAUUUCGACUGGGCCAUGGGACCACUCAACCAACCGUUUUUCAGUUUAGAUUUCAUAUGA